AUGAAGACCUAUGUCCUUACUCUGGUCGCGUUUGCGACAUCCGGUGUUGCAUUCCCCGAGCUAGGGGAUCAUAGAUUCCGGACCCCAGGUCCUUUCGACAGUCGCUCACCAUGCCCUGGCUUAAAUGCUCUAGCAAACCACGGCUAUCUCCCACGCGACGGCAAGAACAUUGACUACGACAUGAUCAACGAAGCUACACAAGUCGCAUACGGCUGGGCGCCAGGCUCUUUCAUCAGCGUCGUUGAUAUGGUCUUCCAAUUCAACAUCUCCACUACGAACCGACCCAAUGAGACUUUCCAUCUUUUCGAUCUCGCCAGACACGACACGAUUGAAGUGGACGGCUCGCUUACUCGCAACGAUAUCUACUUCGGGGAUGAUGUCCACUUCGAUGCUACCGUUUGGGCUCCCGUGGCGAAGGAUCUAGGGCUGGACGAUCUCCACUCGCAUGAGCGGUUCGUUACGCCAGAGAUAGCGGCAAAGGCUACGAAGAACCGUUAUGAUCUUGCAGAGAGGGUCAACCCGGAAUUCAACAAUUCUAAGCUUCGACACCAGACUGAAUAUGGAACCACCGCGUUAUAUCUUUUGACCGUAUGGGAUGGUGAGAACAACGCGGUCCGAAAUCAUGGAUCAAGGCCCUGCUCGAAAGGGAACACGACGAAGAAUCCUGAGCGGCUCGGUGCCAUGACUCAGGCCUUGCGAGAAAUAGUUGGAUGGAAGGCUUGA